AUGGAGACUACUUGGAUUGUGGUUGGAGUACUUGCAGGCACCGUUACUCUCUUUAGCAUUGUGCUGGUAGUUGUCAGACAUAGACAGUCUAUUGGAGCAUUGGUGUCUUUUGAGGAUUCUCUAGUGCUGUUCAACUACAGAGAUUUAACAAAAGCAACAGAAAACUUGUCAGAGAAACUUGGAGAAGGAGCUUUCGGUUCAGUUUUCAAGGGGAUAUUGCCUGAUUCAACUCCCAUAGCAGUGAAACAACUAAAGAGUCUGUUGCAGGGUGAAAAGCAAUUCCAGGUUGAAGUGAGAACUCUUGGGGCGAUCCAACACAUUAAACUUGUUCGCCUACGUGGGUUUUGUGCAGAUUCUACAAGAAGACUCUUAGUUUAUGACUACGCGCCAAAUGGCUCUCUACAAUCUGUUCUAGUUCAAAACCAUCCACUAAUCUUAGAUUGGAAAGCAAGAUAUCAUAUUGCCAUAGGCAUUGCGAGAGGAUUGGCUUACCUCCAUGAGGACUGUAGAGAUUGUAUAAUACACUGUGACAUUAAGCCAGAGAACAUUUUGUUGGAUGAAGAAUAUAGUCCAAAAGUUGCAGAUUUUGGUCUUGCAAAACUCAUUGGCAGACACCAUAGUCGAGUUCUGACAACUGUGAGAGGGACUGUUGGAUAUCUAGCACCAGAAUGGCUUACAGGUGAAGCCAUCACUCCAAAAGCCGAUGACUUCAGCUAUGGAAAGUUGCUGUUUGAGGUUAUAUCUGGAAGGAGAAACAGUGAAGGGUUAGAUGAUGGAUUGGAAAACUACACUCCUACUCGGGUUGCAAAUGUAGUAACUAAAGGACAAGAUGUUCUUACCCUAGUUGAUUACAGGUUGGGAGGUAAUGCUGACAAAGAUGAACUCAUUAGAGCAUGCAAAGUUGCGUGUUGGUGUAUUCAAUAUGAGGAGAAGGAUAGGCCAACAAUGAGGCAGGUUGUUCAAAUUCUCGAAGGAGCUUUAGAUGUUGGUAUACCCCCGAUCCCAAAGUUUCUCCAACACCUUCCCGGAAGUUCAAUGGACGCAAAUCAAGCAAUCAAUUACCAAGAACCUACUUCAAGUUCAGAAAUCAUAUUCCUUAGCUGA